AUGACUCCUCCUCCUCCUCAAUCCGUCCAACUCAUCUCCGACUGUUUCAUCAAACCGUCCCAACUUCCCGAUGGUUCGAACCGUCCUCUCCACUUGCCGCCGUGGGAUCUCACCAUGCUCUCUGUCCACUACAUCCAAAAGGGCCUCCUCUUCCCUCUCCCUCCCCGCUGCCUCCAACCUGGCUUCGACCGCCCCGCUUUCAUCCAUUCUUUCUUGGAAAAACUCAAGCGCUCUCUCUCUUCCGCCCUCUUCCACUUCUACCCACUCGCUGGCCGCCUCGCCACCCUCAAGCAAACCGACCCCCCGUUCUACACUGUUUUCGUCGACUGCGCCAACAGCCCUGGGGCCCGGUUUAUCCAUGCCACGCUCGGAAUGACCGUGGCCGACAUACUCUCCCCUACGUACGUCCCGGAUGUCGUCCAGUCCUUCUUCGACCAUGACCGGGCGAUCAACCAUGACGGUCAUACCCUGUCCCUGCUGUCCGUGCAGGUCACCGAGCUUGCCGAUGGAGUCUUCAUUGGGCUCUCCAUGAACCACGCCAUCGGCGAUGGCACCUCCUUCUGGCUAUUCUUCAACUCGUGGUCUGAGAUCUUCCAAGCGCAAGAGAAAGGCGCCGUCGAUGUUUUUCAGCUAUCGCGUCCCCCAGUCCUGACCAGAUGGUUCCCGGAAAACCAUCCCGGCCCAUUGAGCCUCCCUUACACGGAUGAUCCCUCAUCAUUCCUCGCCCGCUACGAAGCCCCCGAGCUUAGGGAGCGAGUCUUCCACUUCUCAGCUGACGCCAUUGCGGGGCUCAAGGCAGAGGCGAACCGGCAAUGUGGCACCACCAAUAUCUCGUCCUGGCAGUCCCUGACUGCCCUCGUAUGGCGGUGCAUCACGCGCGCCCGCCGCUUCCCACCCAACCAGGUCACAGGUUGUCGGAUGGCUGCGAGCAAUCGGGCACGGCUGGACCCUCAGCUCUCGCCGGAAUAUUUCGGAAACUCAAUCACGCCAUUGAGGACGGCGGCGACAGUGGGGGAGCUGCUAGGUAGCGGCCUUGGGUGGGCAGCGCAACUGUUGCAUGCGGCGGUGGCAGGGCACAGCAACGCAAAGCUGAGGGAGUGGAACGAGGAUUGGAUAAAGAGGCCACAGGUCUACCACAUGGAUAAGACGUUCGAUCGGCACAGCAUCAUGAUGGGGAGCUCGCCACGGUUCGACAAGUACGGCAACGAGUUCGGGCUGGGGAAGGCCGUGGCUCUGCGAAGCGGAUAUGCUUUCAAGUUCGACGGCAAGGCCUCAGGCUAUCCAGGCCGCGAGGGAGGUGGGAGUGUCGACCUUGAGAUCUGCCUUCCACCGGUGACGAUGGCACUCCUCGAAGCCGACCCGGAAUUCAUGGCCGCCGUGACGGUUUCGUAGGUCGAAGGGCCAACAUAACACGUUGGUUAUGUGCAAGUCGAGUCAAUGCCAUUAGGAGGUAUAAGGAUUGGUUGUUUGACUUGGAAUUUUAAGUUGACUCAAUUUUUUCUUUGUCUAUUGUGACUAUAUUAUGGGUUUGUCUUCUAUA